GGAUGCAGAAGGAAAUGAAGAUGAUCAAAGAUGAGGAUGUGCAUUUCAACUUGGGUAUGAAGAGUACCCCCUCCUUUCCCCACUGCCCGCAGCCCGUGGCUUCCCGAGGGAAAGCUCCCCAAAGGCACCCCUUCCCAGAGGCUCUCCGGGGGCCUUUCUCCCAGUUUCGGUAUGAACCUCCUCCAGGAGACCUAGACGGAUUCCCUGGGGUCUUUGAAGGAGGUGGGUCUCGGAAACGGAAGAGCAUGCCCACAAAGAUGCCCUAUAGCCACGCUGCAGAAGAAGCCGCUCUUGCCCUCCACCCCGAGGAGAACAAAACCCACGGCCCUUCGAGCCUGCCUUUGCUGUUCCCGCAGCCCCCGCGCCCCAAGUAUGACUCUCAGAUGAUCGACCUGUGCAACGUGGGCUUCCAGUUCUACCGCACCCUGGAGCACUUGGGGGCCAAACCCGUCAAGCAGGAGCCCAUUAAGCCCAGCGCCGUGUGGCCCCAGCCGACACCCCCUCCAUUCCUGCCCACGCCCUACCCGUACUACCCCAAGGUGCACCCGGGCCUCGUGUUCCCCUUCUUCAUGCCCUCGGCCUCGCCCUUCCCCUUCGGCCGGCACACCUUCCUGCCCAAGCAGCCCCCCGAGCCUCUGCUGCCCUGGAAAGCCGAGCCCCAGGACAGUGAGGAGACCAAGCAGAAAGUGGAGAGGGUGGACGUGAACGUGCAGAUCGACGACAGCUACUACGUGGAUGUGGGCGGGGCGCAGAAGCGCUGGCAAUGCCCCACCUGCGACAAGUCCUACACCUCCAAGUACAACCUGGUGACGCACAUCCUGGGCCACAGCGGGAUCAAGCCGCACGCGUGCGCCCGCUGCGGCAAGCUCUUCAAGCAGCUCAGCCACCUGCACACGCACAUGCUGACCCACCAGGGCACGCGGCCCCACAAGUGCCAGGUGUGCCACAAGGCCUUCACCCAGACCAGCCACCUGAAGCGCCACAUGAUGCAGCACAGCGAGGUGAAGCCGCACAACUGCCGCGUGUGUGGCCGGGGCUUCGCCUACCCCAGCGAGCUCAAGGCGCACGAGGCCAAGCACGCCAGCGGCCGGGAGAACAUCUGCGUGGAGUGCGGCCUCGACUUCCCCACGCUGGCCCAGCUGAAGAGGCACCUCACCACGCACCGGGGCCCCAUCCAGUACAACUGCUCCGAGUGCGACAAGACCUUCCAGUACCCGAGCCAGCUGCAGAACCACAUGAUGAAGCACAGGGACAUCCGGCCCUACAUCUGCUCCGAGUGCGGCAUGGAGUUCGUGCAGCCGCACCACCUCAAGCAGCACUCGCUCACGCACAAGGGCGUGAAGGAGCACAAAUGUGGGAUUUGCGGGCGGGAGUUCACCCUGCUGGCCAACAUGAAGAGACAUGUGCUGAUCCACACAAACAUCCGCGCCUACCAGUGUCACCUCUGCUACAAGAGCUUCGUGCAGAAGCAGACCCUCAAGGCGCACAUGAUCGUCCACUCUGAUGUGAAGCCUUUCAAAUGCAAGCUGUGUGGGAAGGAAUUCAACCGGAUGCACAACCUGAUGGGACACAUGCACCUGCACUCAGACAGCAAGCCCUUCAAGUGCCUCUACUGCCCGAGCAAAUUCACCCUGAAGGGGAACCUGACGCGCCACAUGAAAGUCAAGCACGGGGUCAUGGAGCGGGGCCUUCACUCUCAAGCCUCCCAUGUCCACACCCUUACUGGGAAUUAUUAUUACUUAUACUUCAAGCACAGAGAUGACAGUUUGAAAGAAUUACUGGAGAGGAAAAUGGAAAAACAGGCAGUGCUUUUAGGUAUCUAA